CCAUAGUAACUGGACACCAUCAUGGCGGAUGAAGGCAAAGUAGUCCAAAAGGAUGUCCCUGCCCCCAAUCCUCGUCUAAACAAGUACUACUGGUUGGUCAAUACGGAGGGAUUUCCAAUCAGCUCUUCAACUUGGGAAAAAAUGUGGGAUUAUGUGAUUGUCACUCAUCCCCAGGGACACGAUGUUGCUGAGUCUAUUAGAGGGAAGACCAAUAAGAGGGUACCAUAUCCUAAUGCUCCUGUCAUACAACCAAGUGCCUCUAUACCGUCAAGUCUUUCAUCAGUACAGGAAUAUUUACAAAAAUUACAAUACAACUACACUGGGAUGCAAUUCUUUGAUGUAAAGAGAUACAAGCCUUUAUCAAGACUGAUGGAUAUGGCUAAAGAUAUGAUUAAAGAGUCUCUCCCAAUCAAAUGUCUUGAAGCUGUCAUAUUGUCCCUCUACUUGACUUCACCUUUAACUUCAUUGCAACGGUUUACCAUACGAUUCAAGUCAAACCAUGAAGGAAGGUGCUACAGACAUGUAGUCCUAGGAGUUCAUCAAGGUGGUAUAUAUGGAUCACUGGGUCUUAGUAGAAGACUCUCACUUAUGUAUAAACCAUUUCACUACAAGUCAUUAACUGAUUUAAUAAAAGACUUCAUUGCCUCUUACUCAGAAUGUAAACAUGAACUCCAGUACAUUAAAUUAGGGUCUCCUGUAAUACAUGACACUAGAAGCUGUGAGCAAAUACAAUGGAAGUUUUUAGUAAUUUCAUUAAAAGAUAUCGAUAGUCCUGCUUCACUUAAGAGAGUGUUGGACAGAUACUGCAGAGCAAUAAGAACUUUAUGAGUUUUGAUAAUGCAAAUUUUUUAAUUGCAACAAUAAUUGCACUCAAUAAAAAAA